AUGCAAAAUAUACUAAGAAGAUCUGCCAGAGUAUCAAAUAACUCAAGUAAAAGCCAUAGGAACUCCGAGAACCCAUCUACCGGCUCAAAAAAUCAGCAGCAGUUGGACAGCUAGGAAAAAAUAUAAGCUGCAAAUAUCAGUGAAAUCACCUUGCUAUCUACAGAAGAAGAUUUACUCAGAUAUCAAGAACAAGGGUACGAUAUCAAAGAGUAAUUAAAUGACUCACACUUGUAUCUCCUUCAUAAAUUGGACGACUUAGUCAUACUAAGCGGCUAAAAGGAGGAUGAAGACGUCCGAGAAACUUAGCUAGAAACUCAGGAAUAGAUAGAAUAGCGCAGAAUUUUCAGGCCAAGAUAAUCUAUUCCAAAUUCAAAAAUAAGAUCUUUGAGAAGUUCUCAAAAUCAAAAUCCUGAGGACUAAGGUGUUCUGACCAGAAGUCAAAGAGCAUCACUGUCAUAAAAGUAAUCCUCUUAGUAGUAAGAGCAACCCUUAUCAUCACAAAGCAGAUAAGAAGUAGAGGUUGUGGUGGAGGAUGCAUAAUCAGAGGAAGAGAAAAAGGAAUAAGCAUUAGAGGAGGAAGAGAAAAAUUAGAUUGUUGUCUUUGAAGUAAGUGAUAUUAGCAGUGGUUCCUUCUUAAAUCAGCGAUAAAGCCAAUAAUAAGAAUCAUCAAGUCUUGAAAAUUCAUUGUCUUCAAGAAGCAGAUAUAAUAUAAUAAACCAUCUUUACAAUUAUCAAAGACAUUAAAUGCCAGAAAACGACGAAGAAUUUUCAUUAAUGGAGCAUCCAACAAGGAGGUAGGAGAGAGAAUAAGAACAAAGGAGAAGAAACGAGUAAGAAUAUAGAGAAUGGAGACAAUAAUAAAGAGAGUAAAAUAGGCUCGCAAGAGAAAGGAGGCGAUAAUAAAUGGAGUAAAAUCGGCUCGAAAGAGAAUAAUAAAGAAUGGAGUAUGAACAACAAUAACGAGACUAUUGGAAUAACUAGAAUGAUUCAUAGGAAGAUGAGGAUGGUAGAGCUAGAAGGAGGCGGAGAUUAAAUGAUAGUUCGGCACUAGAGAAUAGACCUCCAUUCUCGCUUCAUUGGAAUCAUCCGGAGAGGAUGACCUUAACUAGAAGAAAUGAGGAGCAAGAAUAUUAUGAAAUAAUUGAGGGUCAAGUAAGAGACCGAGCAGCUACUCGUAAUAAUAGACCAAGGCCUUGGAAUGACCACAAAACUAGAAGGCAGUAAGAACAGGAGGAAAGAAAAGAGGAGAGAGAGGAACCUCCCAGAAGAAAUCCCAAUCAGUAAGUCCCUCCAAAUCCUAAAAAAAGAAAAACUAGACCUAAUUGGAAAUGA